AUGAGGGCUACGCCCUUCACUGAUGACAUCAAUGGGGAAAUGGUGCCCCCGAACUUUAAGCUUCCAAACUUGCACACCUAUGACGGCCGAGGUGACCCCGAGGAUCACCUCCGCGCCUUCAUCUCCGCAUUCCGACUCUACUGCGACCCCGACGCAGUGACCUGUCGGGUUUUUCCCAUCUUCCUACAUGGGACUGCCCGGAAGUGGUUCUGGAGUUUAGAACCACGGAGUAUUUCCUCCCUGGAUGAGCUGAUAGACCGGUUCAUCCACCGCUUUGUGUCGUCCCGACCCAUUACAAAGACUUCAGCUUACCUCCUGAAUUUGCAACAGACUCCCGGCGAGUCACUGCGCUCAUAUGCGCAGAGGUUCAAUGAGGAGAACGUACAGAUACCUGAUCAAAAUGAGCAAGUUACCAUAGCCACUUUCACCAACGGGUUGAUUGCGGGAAUCUUCAACACCGAAAUACAUCGAGACUACCCCCGCACACUCCGGGAACUUUGGGAACGAGUUGACCAAGGAAUCCAAUGUGAGGACGUGAAUCGCAUGAAGCGGGAGGCCCAAGCAGCCCGUACCGGGCAAGAAUCCCGGAGGAGAAAGGACACCGGCCGAGCUGAACAAGGCCCCGGCAGCUCAUCCAACCAGUUCCGAGACCGCCGAAGCGUCUUUGAUCGGAUCGUGAAGGGGAGGUCGUCCACCUCGGACGCCGAGCUGACACCCCUCAAUUCCAGCCGAUCCCAUGUUUUGGCUGUGAUGAGGCAGAAUCACCUCGGUCGAACUCCUCCUGAGAUCCCAGGAAGAAGUGAUAAGAGGAAUUUCAACCUCUACUGUGCCUACCACCGAGAUGUGGGGCACGAGACCGAAGAUUGUAACGACUUGAAGCGAGAUAUUGAAAACCUGAUCCGACAAGGAUACCUGAAACAAUUCGUCCGCAAAGAUGGGGGCUUCAACCGAAGCGCCUCCUACCGAGAGAGCCGAGGUCCUCGCCGAGAAGACAGGCGGGACACUAAGCUUCAAUGCCAAGGUCCCGAGGAACCUAAGGGGGAUCAGAGGCCUCCACGCGACAGAUCACCAGGCUACGGCCCAAACAUCGCCGGGGUGAUCAACACCAUCGCCGGUGGCCCGACGGGAGGAGAUAGCCAGAACUCCCGAAAACGGACUUACCGCCAAGCCGGUAUGGAGGUGGCCGAAUCGAGCUCCAGGUUAUCCGAGAUGAUUACCUAUGGUCCCCAUGACCCUGUCCCUGCCGCCUCCAGCAAUCACGAGACCCUCGUGAUUGAAGGAGCAACUCACUCAGGUCAGAACUCCCCUCGUCGGCUUCGGGGGACACGUCGUCCACCCGGAGGGUAUGGUGACCUUGAUGGUGACUAUCGGGCGCCAUCCCCGCUGCCGAACCGUGCCUGUCAGUUUUGCGGUGGUCAAAACAGACUCUCCUUACAACAUGCUAAUAGGCCGACCCACGCUCAAUGCCUUGAGAACUGUGUACUCUACCUACCAUCUGAGUUUCAAGUUUCCAACGCCAAAGGGGGUGGCCGAGGUGAGCAGCGACGUAAGCGCCGCCCGGGAAUGCUACCUCGCCACCAUCUAGGCCGCGGUCACCCCCCGGACCGCAUCGAGAGCUGA